AUUCACAGUGUUUUUUUCGAAAGUAUUUGUAGUUCCUUACACCAAAAAUAUUUUUUCUGAUAUUUCCAGUAUGUCCAAAGUAAAACUAAAUUUGAUAGCGGCAGCAUGUGACAAUAUGGGUAUCGGAGUAAAUGGAACCCUACCGUGGAGGCUCAAAAACGAAAUGGCAUACUUUAGUAAAAUGACAUCUGGAGUAACAGAUUCAUCAAAGAAGAAUGCAGUAAUCAUGGGACGACAAACGUAUGAUUGUAUCCCAGACAAGUACAGACCAUUGAGCGGUAGAGUUAAUAUUGUAUUAACAAGGAGUGUUGAAGAGCUAAAAAAAAGAGUACCCCGAGAAGUAGUUGUAGUAAAUGGCUUAGACGAAGCCAUUCAGCACAUUGAGGGCAGGCAGGACAUUGAGUCUACCUGGGUCAUAGGGGGCUCUGAGGUUUAUAAGCGCUCCAUGGUCCACCCAGCUUGCGAUAAAAUUUACCUUACUGAGAUCCAAAAGUCAUUUGAAUGUGAUACAUUCUUCCCAUCCAUAGACCAUGGUCAAUUCGUCCUGGUGACUGAAGAUGGAGUGCCUCAGGAUUUGCAGCAAGAGGGAGACACACCAUACUAUUAUAGAAUUUAUAAAAAAUGUAAUUAAGUUUAAGAGAUAUGUUUUGUAAACAGAUAAAAUCACAAUAAUUAAAGUAAUAUGGUACC